CAGUAUCAAUCGUGAUGCAGACGAAAGGUUGUUAUAGCGAGUAAUUCAAGAAGCAAAUACAUAUCACAAUGCCAAGAGACAGCAGACAUAGACGACGUUCCCGGUCCAGAUCAAGGUCCAGAUCAACAUCUAGAGAUAGAAAAAAAAGAAGCCCAGACAGAUCGCGGAGAAACAGACGUUCCCGUUCCAGAGAGCGUAGAGAUAACAGGUCACGCUCGAGAGAGAGGAGGCGGUCGCGUAGUCGGGAAAGGAAAGAUCGUGGUCGUGACAGAGAUGAGCGAGGGAGAGAUCGUGACAGAAGGGAUAAAGACAAAGAUCAGAAAGAUCGUGAUCGUGAUCGCGAGAAAGACAGGAAGAAAUCCCGCUCUAAAUCUCCUCAGAAAGACAGAAAACCCUCAGCAAAGCCCACUGUACACCAGGAUAGGCCUUUGCUACGGGAUAGGCGUUCCAAGAGCAAAUCCAAGUCCCGCUCCGUCAGUCCCGCCAAGGUGAAGUUCCGCGAGGGGGAACUUAGGGUGAAGGAUGAACCACUCGACAAGGAAGAAGAACAGAAGAGAUUAGAGCUGGAGAUGCAGAAACGACGAGAAAGGAUCGAAAUGUGGAGAUCUGAGCGUAAGAAAACCCAGGAGUUAACUCCCAUUAACAUAGCUCCACCCACCAAGAAAUGGUCACUGGAGGAUGAUGAUGACGAUGAUGAAGAGAACCAGGUGAAGAAGGAAAAUGACAACGGGGAGGAUGAGAUUGACCCACUGGAUGCCUACAUGCAGACAGUAAUAGAAGAUCCAAAACCCAAGGGAGAAAAGGAAGUAAAGAAAUCUGCAGCAGUUAAAAUGGAAACUGAUGCCAGUGCGAACACAGUAACAUCCACUCAGUCCGGUAAAUUCACAAUCAUCACAGCUGUGGCCAAAAAGAAGGUGGAUCCGAGUAAACGCAAGGGGGAGUUAAUGUUAAGUAACAUGGAUCUGAUGGAGUAUUCCUCUGAAGAAGAGGAGGAAGACUUGGAUAUGACCAUGGCAAACAUGGCCAAGAAGAAAAAGGAGUUGAAUGUGGUGGAUCACAAUCGUAUAUACUAUGCUCCAUUCCGUAAGGAUUUCUACGUGGAAGUCCCUGAAAUAUCAAGGAUGACUCCAGAAGAGGUGGAUGAGUACAGGGCAGAACUGGAGGGGAUCAAGGUGCGAGGGAAGACCUGCCCCAAACCUAUCAAGACCUGGGCACAGUGUGGGGUUAGCAAGAAAAUUAUGGACACCCUGAAAAGACAGAACUACGAGAAGCCGACUCCCAUCCAGGCUCAGGCCAUUCCAGUGAUAAUGUCAGGCAGGGACAUGAUUGGGAUUGCCAAGACAGGUAGCGGGAAAACUCUGGCCUUUCUCAUUCCCAUGUUCAGACACAUCUUGGAUCAACCGCCACUGGAGGAAGAUGAUGGACCUAUAUCUUUGAUUUUGACACCGACACGAGAGCUGGCCAUGCAGAUCUCAUCUGAGUGUAAGCGGUUUGCCAAGGCCCUGGGCCUGAGUGUUGUCUGCGUGUACGGAGGGACGGGCAUCUCAGAGCAGAUUGCUGAGCUCAAGCGAGGCUGUGAGAUCAUUGUGUGCACACCAGGCCGGAUGAUUGAUAUGCUCUCAGCUAACAAUGGUCGGGUGACAAAUCUUAGACGAUGUACAUAUGUGGUACUGGAUGAGGCAGACAGGAUGUUUGAUAUGGGAUUUGAACCUCAGGUCACAAAGAUUGUGGACAACAUUCGACCUGACCGACAGACUGUGAUGUUUUCUGCCACUUUCCCGCGCCAAAUGGAAGCACUGGCCAGGAAGAUCCUGACAAAACCCAUAGAGGUGCAGGUCGGAGGGCGCAGUGUGGUGUGUAAGGAUGUAGUACAGGAGGUGAUUUUGAUAGACGAGGACAGUAAAUUCUUGAAGCUGUUAGAACUGCUUGGCCUGUACCACGAGAAGGGCAGCGUGCUGAUAUUUGUGGACAAGCAGGAGCAUGCCGAUGACUUAAUGAAGGACCUGAUGAAGCACUCCUACCCCUGUCUCUCUUUGCACGGCGGCAUCGACCAAUACGACAGAGACAGCACCAUUGUAGACUUCAAACAGGGCAACGUCAAACUAUUGGUGGCCACAUCAGUUGCUGCUCGAGGGUUGGAUGUGAAACAUUUGAUACUGGUGGUAAACUUUGACUGUCCCAACCACUAUGAGGAUUAUGUUCACAGAUGUGGUCGUACAGGCCGUGCCGGGAACCGUGGGUACGCUUACACGUUUAUCACCCAUGAGCAGGAGCGUUAUGCAGGGGACCUGAUCAAGGCUCUGGAGCUGUCAGGGUCGCCUGUCCCCCCAGACCUGGAAGCCCUGUGGCAGGAGUACAAGGACAGAGCCAAAGCGGAAGGUAAAGAGAUCCGCAGUACCUCAGGGUUUAAAGGCAAGGGGUUUAAGUUUGAUGAGACUGAAGCUCAGCUGGAUAAUGAGAGGAAGAAAUUACAGAAGGCUGCCUUAGGCUUACAGGACUCUGAUGAGGAGGAUGCUGGUGUGGAUAUUGACCAGCAGAUCGAGGACAUGUUUGCCAGUGUUAAGCGUGUGACAGAUGUGGCUAAGCCCAACCCUAACCAGCAGCUGACAGCUCAGGCCACGCCUCCACAGCCUGCCCAGCCCACUUCAGCCAGUAAUCAGCAGAAACUGGAGCUGGCCAAACGUCUGGCUGCCCGCAUUAAUAAAAGUCUGGGGCCUGACGCCCAGGACAUUACGCAACAAGCCGCUGCAGCCUUUCUCAAGGGCGAGAUGGCAACUCCUCAAGUCGCAUCAAAGACGAUCGCUGAGCAAAUGGCUGAGAAGAUCAAUGCUAAGUUGGGCUACCGUCCUCAGUCUGAAGAAGAGAAGGAGGGUCAAGAACAGACCCAGGAGACGUUCAAACGUUACGAGGAGGAGCUUGACAUUAACGACUUCCCACAGACUGCCAGGUGGAAAGUCACCUCCAAGGAGGCUUUGGCCCAGAUCUGUGAGUAUUCAGAGGCUGGUAUCACAGUCAGGGGGACAUACAUCCUACCGGGCAAGGAGAUCAAGGAAGGGGAGCGUAAACUGUACCUGGCCAUUGAGGCCACCAGUGAACUGGCAAUACAGAAAGCUAAGAAAGAAAUCACAAGGCUAAUCAAGGAGGAGUUAGUUAGAUUACAAAAUUCCUAUUCGUAUCAGUCCGGCAACAAGUCCCGCUACAAGGUUGUGUGAGAAGGCAGGGCUUGCGAGCGAUGUAAUUGUACAGAAGUUUUAUUGCUUGAGACUGGGAAGUGAUGUGACAUGCUGUCGACGGAGUACUCUCACCAGUCUCCUACUGAUAUGAUCUUCACUCAGUUCAUCACAUCUUCACAGACUGAAGCUACUGGCAGCAUCAGAGGUAACACGCCAUUUGUGUUUCCGACAGACUACUAAUCAUGGAUGGAAUUCCGAUAGGAACUUAACUGCACCAAACUAACUGUAAACACUAGUACAAGUGUGGAAUAAAGUCCUGACGCCAUCAGAACCCGACUGCUGUGACUGACGUAUCCCUAGCUUGUUUUCCAGCUGGUUGUCUCUCAUAAAAGAUUUUGAUGUUGUAACUGUCACAGAAAUUCUUGUUAACAGCUCAGCAUAUUUAUUAUAGCUGUUGUUCUAUGUUGUUUAGGAUAUGAUAGAUUUAACGCCUCAAGACUAGAGGCCGAUUGCACAAAGCCAGUUUUGAUUUCAGCAAACAUUUGAAAUUUGAUAGAAACAUUUAUAUUUGGACCUCGAGAGUUAAAAAUUGCGAACACCCAACAAGUGUUGGGGUAACAUAAAUAUAUCACAAUUUAAACUUGUUGGUCUGUAAUCAGUGCAACAUGUUAAUGUUUUAACUUUUGACUUUCGUCUAAUAUUGCUUUGUGGAAUCGACACCUGGUGACAUGAAAUGAAAAUUUACGUAAGGUCUUCAACAGUCAAAGAGCUUUUGAAGUACUGCCACCUAUUUGGCUUAAUUUUCUGAAGGAAAUGGUUUUGUAAUGCAAGGCGAAAAUUCAAAGUAUUGACUUUGACCGGAACUUUGUCUCAAAUAUUACAUUGUUGUGGAUCUUGAAUGAUCUACAGAUCUGCUACAGAUCUAUACUUGUUGUGUAUUGUAGUACAUUCUUAUGCACAGAACUUCAACUUUUCAGAGAACUCAUGACAUUUCAACCUAUUUUUUACCUGUUAAUAGAUUAGUUUUAAAGACCGUUGAAAUAAUGCACCAAUUGUGCAUUAAAAAAAAUUUAGACAAAUUUUUUUAAUUUGUAUGUAUUUAUUGUUUUGCAUUUCUCCUAGACAUGCUACCAUUUCAUUUCUGUUAGAAUGACACAAAUCACCUGGUUAUAAAUUUGUCAUUUGUUACAUUAAUGGACAAAGCUAUGAAAAGAAUGAGGUGUGAAUUAUGGGCAGCACCUUGCAAUUUGAGGGAUGCUUGCACUGUGAGGGAUACUUACCCCGGCGGUUAAAGUGUUAGACUACAAGCAAAUCAAGAAACACAAAAACCUAGGAUGAAAACGACCGGCCUGCCAUUAGGAUCUGUUUUGUGCCCUAUUUCCUUCUUGUUUGUGACAGAUGAUGUGGGGUUAAACUAUGUUGACAUUUACCACAACCAGCAGGCUAACAGUUUAGGCACUUCAGCGCAUGCUUACUUCCCAAUGAUAACAUUAAAUUGGAGUACAGUUACAAAUGCAACUGUUACAUCUUUAUAGGAAAGGAAUGAUGUUGUAGUUAUUUGUUAUACAGCCGACUGAAGUAUAGCAUGGGUCAUUAUUUGGAAUGAGCAAAAGUAUCUAAACAUUAAGACGUCAGUCUGUAACGUUAUUUAUUCCGCUUUUUACGGAAGGGAUCAAGGUGGAAAAAGGAAGUAGGCCUGGUAGUUAAAAGUGAAAACCGCCCUGAUUAUGCACCAUGUUAAAGACGCUAUACUGGAGAUUUUGGGUCAAAAAAUCUAUCAGCACAAAUGUAAUCAAAUUUUUGUUAUGUUAGAUUAGCCCUAAUAAUUACCUUUCACAAACUAUUAGCCUCGUCUGUGCACGUGUUACCGUUCAAAAUUGAUAAUGUCAGUAAAAUUUAUAAAGCGGGUCUUAUUAUAACUUUUUUCAAACUUUUAGAUCAUUUUGACCCGAUACAUGUUACACAUACGAGUCUGAUAUUUGCUGAAAGGCUGUUGUUCGUAAAUACGUAACAUUUAGUUUGAUUAGUAAAUACGGAUUUUUCAUCAAAAUUUUAAAUUAUAACACAAUACGUUGCAUUUUGCUUGUCUGUCUGCAUGUGCUUUUUGGUGUUUUGAGCAAAAGGGCUAUUCAAGAGAGACACAUCAUAACUAGGUACACGACCAUGGAAUACACCAUUUGGAGUCUGUACAUAUUGGUGUACAAUAUGUAAACGCUAAAGCUUUUAGAAUUUAAAAUUGAAACCCGACUUCAUUGUUGAUCCACUUUUGAACAACGAUCCAGGAGCAAUAUGCAAUGCCCGUGAAGUCCUGAAAAAUUUUGAUUUCUUCUGAAAUGUAUGUACAUGUUGACAAUCUUACACAAGGUAGGGCAGCUUUUGAAUGUCAGAGCACCAGUAACCACCCAAUGCUAUCGUAAUAUUACACAUCAGUGUAAUUGGCUCGGCCACCAAUCUAAUUACGUAGGGUAACGCUUAGGGCAAGUUUCAGUGCGUAAUUUUAGGCGGUAAUUUCAGGACAGUCACCCGCAGGCAACCUCUGCUCAGUGCACACAUUCAUACCUUUAUAUUAGCAUGUCUGUAUCGACACUUGUGAUACAUUUCCCCCAUGGUUUUACUCGAUGUCCAGGGCCACUUUCACAAAACUUCGUAAGCCGUAUUUCUCGUAACUUUUUUUUUUGUAAAAUACGUUGUCUGGGUUAUAGUGCCAUUGAUUUACGACGUUUUGUGAGAGAGGCCCCAAAGGCUUGAGAGACAGUCCCAGGGUGAGAUUCUGUCACGUGCUAUACAGUCCUAUUUGACAUCAAGCUGUAACAUAACAAAAAUGUGUGUGAGCUGUAUUUUUCAUAUUGCCGUUUGUCGUUUGAGGUAUUUCACAGUGUAGUACAAAUAUAUUUCGUAAGUUUGACAGUCGUGUAUUUUCGUAUAUUCACCUUCACUGCACGUUACUCAUAAGUCUAACACGAUUUCACUUCACAAAUGCAUCACCAUGUGUAAAUAGCCACUAUCAUGGACAAAAGCCAAUACAA